AUGACUAAAAAUGCUCAAUAGCAAUUUAUCAAUCGAACUUAUGUCAAAGUUUCAGCUAUGUAAAAAUGUUAGUUAAUAGCACUAGUAUUUUAAGAGGAAUGGAAGAUUAAGAAAGUAAUUAUUAUUUGUACUAGUUAGGCAGCUUCAUUCCUUUACAUAAAAUAUGCUUCAGCCAAAAGUAUCAUAUUAAAACAUAGAAAAAACUAAAUACUAACUAAAUUGCCUAUGAUUCCAGAAGAUAGGAGAUGUCAUUAUAAAAUAUUGAAAAAUGGAAAACAUAAUUACAACAUCUUAUGUCUAAAAGGAGGAAUAUUUUAAAAUAUAUUAGAAAAUCUCUCUAACAAAUGA